CACAAAGCCAACUCAGAUCGCCAACCAGAGUGUAAUCCCACGUCAGGACCCCUCAUUCAACAAGGAGGGGUCUUUUGAGAUCAACGCACAAAGGCCGCAUCCCACAUGCUGAGUAUAUAAGACCCUGCAUGAUCCGAUCAGAUUCUCUUUUUAUUCUUCAUCCUCAUCUUACAAACAAGUCUUCAAAACAAACUCAACACUUUUUUCUGUACUUCAAACCUAUCCACCAAACAAUAAUCACAAUGGCUGGCGACUGUGGCUGCUCUGGUGCCUCUUCUUGCAACUGCGGCUCUAGCUGCUCUUGCUCCGGCUGCGGAAAAUAAGCUCUCCCAUCUCAUUUCAAGCAAGAUUUAUUGAGAUACCACCCGUGACCUUUGCCGCAAUUCUACGAAACAAUACAUGGAUUCAUAAAUAUUGGUGUUGAGCCCAGUGUGCUCGGGGAGAUGGCGGUUGGACUUACAGUUUCACUGGUUUGCUUGUAGUGCAAUUCUGAAAUACAUUUCUUCAUCACCAUAA